AUGAAUUUUUUCGAUGUAAAUUCGAAUUGGAAAUUAGAUCUAAAAGUUUUAUGUAAAACAUACGACGAUUUGUGCACUUGUAUUCAACUUUUGCAAAAAUGUCACGGUGUGGAGGUUCUUCUCUCAAUGUGGGUAAUGUUUACAAGCGCGGUUACAAUGAUUACUGUAAUUACAAAUAAUGAGACCAAAUACCCUUGGCUUGAGGUAAUACGAGGCAUCCAAGUUUAUGUCUGGUUCGCAAUAGCGUGUUAUGUGGACGAUGAAAUAAGAGAGGAAGUUGAUAUGACGGAGACGCUUCUUAUUAAAAAUUUAAUCGAUUUCAGAUGCAAUAUUGCGAAAAAGGAAGCCUUGCAGACAUUUCAAUUAGUCCUAAGCUCUAAUCGGCUGCAAUUCAAAGCUUAUAAUUUGUAUCGUUUGAACUAUGCCACACUUCUCGGGACGGUUGUAACCGUUAUGACUUAUAGCAUAUUAAUAAAUAAAGCAUAUUAUUCGGUG